CGCUGAUGGCCAACGGAGCUCCGUUCACUACAGACUGGCUUGGAACAUCUCCAUUACAUUUAGCAGCCCAGCAUGGUCAUUACUCUACUGCUGAAGUGCUGCUGAGGGCGGGUGUCAGCAGAGAUGCCCGAACCAAAGUGGACAGGACCCCUCUGCACAUGGCGGCCACUGAGGGCCAUGAGGUCAUUGUGGAUUUAUUAAUCAGGAGUGGUGCCGAUAUCAAUGCCAAAGACAUGUUGAAGAUGACUGCUCUUCACUGGGCAGCCCAGCACGGCCAUUACAACAUCGCAGAGCUGUUGAUCAAACAUGGUGCUGAUGUACAUGCCCUCAGCAAGUUUGACAAAUCAGCUUUUGAUAUCGCUGUCGACAUACAGCACGUUGAACUUGUGCAACUAUUACAGGAGGGAAUGCAGAAUCAGGUGAACAGGAAUGCCGAAGCGUCAAUCAUAAACGGCAGCUCCACCCCACAGUUCAUCAUUCAGGGCGUCCCAAACAUCCAAGGGGGAGUCGUCAACCUCACUGACUUGAUCAAAACCAACUCGGGUGACACAGAGGAGGCCAUCGCUGUCAGUGCCUUGGACUCGAGUAUCCAGCAAGUGGUGAAUGAAUCGGGUCAGAGGGUCAUAACCAUAUUAACAGAUCAACAUGGAAAUCUGCAGACAAAUGGACUCGGCCAGCCGUUCUUUGUCACAAUGCAGGAUGGACGACAAGUAGUAUUGGCAGUUCCAGCCAAUCAAAUCACAGAGGAAGUGGUAGAUGACUCCGAACCUCCUGCCCGUAAAAGGAAAAUCGAAGUUUCAUCCAAUAAUGCAGAGACCAGUGAAACAGAGCAUCUCCAGUGGCAGUUACAGGAAGCCAACAGGAAAGCUCAAUCCUAUCGUCAGCAGUUGCUCUGCAAAGAGCAGGAAGCAGAGGAGUACCGCAUGAAACUGGAAGCCAUGGAAAAUGGACAGCCCAACGGUACAACAGCCCUGGACCAGGAGCAAGUCGUGUUUGUGCAGGAAGAGGUUGGUUUCGAAGAAACAACCGAGGCAGAAGAGGAAGUAGUCAUGUUUUCAGAUGGUGGCGUAGUCAUCAAAACAGAAGAGAUCGACUCUGCGGACGAGCAGAUAACUUUAGUGGAAGCCACGGCGGGUCACACGGAAGUCAUUUCAUAAAAGAUGGCCCAAGAGCGUGGACUCAGUGCUUAAGCAACCAAAGAGUGCAUCAGCACGGUUUUGCUUUGGUUCAUUUUUAUUUUUUGGCAGUUAAGUCCUUUUUGUAAUUUAUUUCCUUGUUCUGUUCAGGUUAAUGUUUCUUGCUUCAAAUGAAAGUUCACAAAGAAACAACCACAAUGUGCAUCAUAUGCACACACACACACACACACACACGCGUGACCAGGGAAAAUGAUUCUUUCUGGGAGUCUGUAUCUGUAGUGUCUUUAAAAGUGGUCACCCCUGAUUUGUCCGAGAUUGGGUUCUUCAAAACAGCUGGAAAAGGUUCACUCAGGAUGGAACUCUUUGCAAACUGUAUGUUUUUUGAGAUCCCCUAGAAAUGUAGCUGCCUUAUUCAGACAAUUAGUUUAAUUACUUUUGAAAUUAAACAAUGAAACUUCAUCUCA